AUGCGCAUUUUGAGACUGACGGUGGUCACAUCAAUCAGCAUCACGUGUGAAGGCUCUGAUGCUUUACUGCAAUGUGAUGGAGGUAAGAUCCAUAUCAAGCGUGCGAACUACGGUCGUCGUCAACACGAUGUUUGUUCUAUUGGGCGCCCUGAUAACCAACUCACCGACACCAACUGCCUCAGCCAAUCCUCCACCAGCAAGAUGGCAGAAAGAUGCGGUGGGAAGAGCGAGUGUAUUGUCCCUGCAUCCAAUUUCGUUUUUGGAGACCCCUGUGUCGGGACUUAUAAGUACCUGGUCGCCAAAUACUCCUGUGUCCAACAGCAAGAAACAAUAAGCAGCAUCAUAUGUGAAGGCUCUGAUUCUCAACUACUAUGUGAUCGAGGUGAGAUCCGUAUUCAGCGUGCCAACUACGGUCGUCGUCAACACGAUGUGUGUUCCAUUGGGCGCCCACGUAAACAACUCAAAAACACCAACUGCCUCAGCCAAUCCACCACCAGCACAAUGGCAGAAAGGUGUGAUGGAGAGCGCCAGUGUAUCGUCAAGGUAUCCAACUCUGUGUUCGGUGACCCCUGUGUCGGAACCUAUAAGUACUUGGAUGUGGCUUACACGUGUGACUGAAUGAUAUCUUCCUGGUGAACCUGAAGAUGUACAAGGCUGCUGGGAUAUCUUCAUCAGGUCUUGCUGUUUUCCUUCAACAUCUAAAUCAACUUCAAUGACCAUUGUGCUGAAGCAUUUCUUAAACAAUUUCUGAACUGCUGUUGUUGGACUGAAUUAAACGAAGCGGCAGGAA